AUGUCUUACAAACCAGCAAUAUGCAGCAUGUCCCUCGGCCGAGCAUGGGUCCAUCAAAUCACCCCCAAAUUCACAGCAGCCGCCUCAGCCGGCCUCCCAGGAAUCGAAAUCUUCUACGAAGACCUCCUCUACCUCGCAUCCUCCUACCCUGGCGGUGCCACCUCCGCGAACCAACUCCUCGCCGCUCACUCAAUCAAGUCUCUCUGUAAUUCUUUAAAAUUAGAAAUCAUUGGCAUAGGUCCCUUCAACAACUGCGAAGGCCUCCUCUGCCCGAUCCUCAAAGCGCAAAAGCGCCAAGAACUCGAGCUCUGGUUCCAAGUCGCUCACAUACUCAAUACGGACAUCAUCCAAAUCCCCUGUACCUUCCUACCCGAGAGCGAUGAACGGAUAACCGGGGAUCUAGAAAUCGUAGCUCGAGACCUGAGGGAGAUUGCCGAUCUUGGAGCAAGACAAAAUCCUCCCUUCAGAUUCGCGUUCGAGAAUCUUUGUUGGGGUACUUAUAACGAUACCUGGGCCAAGGCGUGGGCGGUUGUCGAGGCGGUUGAUAGGCCGAAUUUCGGGUUGUGCUUGGAUACGUUUAAUAUCGCUGGGAGGGAGUUCGCUGAUCCGACGAGGGAGGACGGGAUGGUUGUUAAUGCGAAGGAGAGUUUUAGGGAGAGUAUCAAGAGGAUGGCUAGGACGAUAGAUGUCGAGAAGGUGUUUUAUGUUCAGGUUGUGGAUGCGGAGAGGUUGGAGAGGAAGAUGGAUGAGAGGAAUGAGUUUUGGGUUGAGGGACAGAGGCCGAGGAUGAGUUGGAGUCGGAAUUGUAGGCUGUUUUUGUGUGAGGAAGAGAGAGGGGGUUAUUUGCCUGUUAUGGAUGUGUUGAACGCGAUUUGUGGGAGUAAAGAGGAGGGUGGGAUGGGGUAUAAGGGGUGGGUUAGUAUGGAGUUGUUUAAUAGGACUUUGGUGGAUGAGAGGGAGGAGAUCCCAAUGGAGCAUGCUGUCAGGGCGAUGGAGAGUUGGAAAAAGAUCGUGGAGAGGAUGGGCUGGGAGGAUAUCAUUGAAAAGGUUAAGCAGAGGAAGCAGAUUGUGUCCAGGAGGCCAGUCGUCGAGAAUGUUCCAGAGAGGGUUGAAAUCUCGGCUAGACUGUAA